GACUUACAAAAAACCCGAAAAAAUCAACGUUCAUAGGUCAAGGCCAAUUUGGAAUGGUAUAUCAAAUCAAGAUGGAUGACGCGUUCGUUUUGAAAGAAAUCAAACUAAACAAAGAGGAAAUUCAGAAAGAAAAGCAGGAAAUUGAUAUAUUACUUCAAUUGGAACAUAGAAGGAUUGUACCAUUUUAUGGUUAUGAAAUAAAAGAGAACGCCUUGUUACUAUAUUUCCAAAAAAUGGAAAAGGGCUCAUUAGAUACAUUUAUUGAUGCCAAUGGCGUCCUGAGUGAAAAACAAACAUGUUUAUACACACGUCAAAUACUAGAUGGCUUAAACUACCUUCACCUUCACAAGCCACAGAUCAUACACAGAGAUAUAAAGGGUGGAAACAUUCUUAUGGAAAACAGUUCUAGUGUAAAACUGUCUGACUUUGGUGUGUCGAAGAUAAUCAGUGAAUUGACUGAGGCUAGAACUCACGCAGGCACUUUUAAAUGGAUGGCGCCGGAAAUCAUUUUAGGUGAAAAAGCACCAUAUACUGUCAAAGCCGACAUCUGGAGUGUUGGGUGCACAGUUGUUGAAAUGUUAACCGGGAAACCACCUUUUCACAACCUGGGACAUCCUCAGCGCAUUCUAAAAAUGUUAGGGAAAAUCAAGCCUGAAUAUCAACUUAAUCCAGAAGCCUCUCAAGAACUGCAGGAUUUCUUGGAUGCCAUUUUUAUAUACAAUCCAUCUGACAGACCGUCUGCAUAUGAGUUGAUAGAUCACCCUUUUGUUGCUUUUAAAUACCAGGCUGCUGUAACAUAA